UCCGGGGCGCUAGGGUUUAUUUAAGCUCUUCCUGCGCCGCCGCCCAUUUCUUCGAGCCAUUCUCCUCCACCCGCGUCGCGCCGAUCCCCUACCAAUUCGCAUCGCCAUGGCGAGGAUCAAGGUCCACGAGCUCCGGGGGAAGACGAAGGCGGAGCUCCUCGCCCAGUUGAAGGAUCUCAAGGCGGAGCUCUCCCUCCUCCGCGUCGCCAAGGUCACCGGUGGCGCCCCCAACAAGCUCUCCAAGAUAAAGGUGGUGAGGGUUUCGAUCGCGAGGGUGUUGACGGUGAUCUCGCAGAAGCAAAAGGCGGCGCUGCGGGAGGCAUACAAGAAGAAAAAGUACCAGCCGCUCGAUCUCAGGCCCAAAAAGACUCACGCCAUCCGACUCCGCCUCACCAAACACCAGGCGUCUUUGAAGACGGAACGAGAGAAGAAGAGGGAGAAGUAUUUUCCCAUGAGGAAGUAUGCAAUCAAAGCAUGAAAAGAGUAGGAGUAUUUGAUGUUCUUAGCUGGAAUUCGACGCUUUUAGUUAUAUCAGUUGCAUUUUAUUGUAAUAUUUGCUCUGUUGGUUAGUGUGAACUUAUCACCAAAUUGCGUUUCUUCAUUAUGGAUUGAAACAGCAGCUUUUAGAUGCUUGAAUUUCUGCAUGUCUGUAGCAUCAUUUUGUUGGAUUCACAAAGAUGGCAUGUAGUUAAGCAGUCCUAAUACAAUUUGCUUUUUUUUUUGGCA